AUGUGUGUAAACUCGCCAGAACCGAGCAGAGCAUCGCCUGAAUCACCCAAACAUCAGCUAAUGAUCCGAGUCCCGGUCCGAUCCCGCAGGACGGAGGAGAGGAACCCAGAACAGAACCAUCCCGAAGCAGCUGGAAAGGCUCUUACCGACACACAGACUGGAAAACACGGCAUGGACUCAAACGAUCCCGGAUUCUGGCGGAAAACCAAUGCAAAUACUUCUGGGGCGUCCAGUAAUGUUCCUCAGCUGCCGUGUGGAAAAGCGCUUUACAGCUACGAGGGCAAAGAAGCGGGCGACCUGAAGUUCAGCAAAGGCGAUAUCAUCAUCCUGCGGCGGAAGGUGGACGAGAACUGGUUCCACGGCGAGCUGAACGGCAGCCACGGAUUCCUUCCGGCGAGUUACAUCCAGUGCAUCCGGCCGCUGUCCCAGACGCCGCCGCAGGGGAAAGCACUCUACGACUUCGAGGUCAAAGACAAAGACCAGGACAAAGACUGCCUGACCUUCACUAAGGACGAGAUUCUCACCGUCAUACGAAGAGUGGACGAUAACUGGGCAGAAGGCAUGCUGGGAGAUAAGAUCGGGAUUUUUCCUAUCUUAUACGUGGAGCUGAAUGAAACGGCGAAGCAGCUGAUGGAGAUGGACAAACUGUCCGCGGCCCCGGGUCCGAGCGCAGAGUCUCCCGCCGCCAUCAGCUGUAACGGGAACGCCGUGCACAGACACGCCGAGGGGAAGAAGAAUGCCAAGAAGCGGCACUCGUUCACAGCGCUCAGCAUGACGCAGCGCUCGGCGCAGGUGCUGGGGAACAACCGGCACUCGAUGGAGAUCAGCGCACCUGUGCUCAUCAGCUCCUCGGACCCCCGCGCCGCCGCUCGCAUCGCAGACUGCCCACACCUGUCCUCCAGCGCACCGGCCACACAGGACUCUUCAGUCGCAGCAAAUGCAGCAGCUUUAGUUCCACCGCGUGUCACGUCAACAACCGGAGAGCUGCUCGCCGCGGCUAAAGUCCAGCUGCCUCUCAACAUAUAUCUGGCCAUGUACGCUUACAAACCACAGAAGGCGGAUGAGCUGGAGCUGCGGAAGGGCGAGAUGUACCGCGUGAUGGAGAAGUGUCAGGACGGCUGGUUCAAAGGCACGUCGCUGCGCUCCGGAGCGUCUGGAGUUUUCCCAGGAAACUACGUCACACCCGUCUCCAGGGCUCCGUUCGCCGUCGGUCAGACGCGCUCGUGUCUCUCUGGAGCGGCUCCUGGAUCUCCGGGCUCCGCGGGUCCCUCCAGUCCGGUGCUGAUGGCGUCUGGGUCUGCGUCCCGCUCCAGCACGCCGCUCAGCAGCCCGUCGUCUCCGCAGCUGCAUCUGAAGAACUGUCUGCGCUUGUGCAGCCAGCAGACGGUCAACCAGGCGCGCUCCGCCAUGCAGCUGGUCCACAGUCCUCCGGUGAGCAGCAGCCCUGAGCGUCCGACUGCAUCCGUGACGCCGCUGCGACCGCAGGCCAGUCCGUCUCGCUCCCCCGCGAGGCCCCUGUCCAUGACAGCGGCCCCUCAGCCUCACGCUGCUUCUGUACGGCCCCUGAGGCCCCUGAGCUCCAUCACGCCUCCCAACGCCAGCGCGGCGCACCUGAACGCAGCAGACCUGCACAAACUCCAGGACAAGAAGCUGGAGAAGAAAGAGAAGAAGAGCAGCGGUCUCCUCAAGCUUCUCUCCGGAGCCGCAGCUAAGAAGAAGUCCCGGUCUCCGCCGUCUGUCUCUCCGACCCACGAGUCCUGCUCGGUUCAGGGGGCCAUGGCCCCGGGGCUGCGGUCGGCCGGGGGUCACGGACGAGCCGGCUCCUGCCCCAUCGAGAGCGAGAUGCAGGGGGCCAUGAGCAUGGAGCCGCUGCAGAGGAAGAGCGGCUCGCUGGACCUGAGCUUCUCUGUGUCUCCGCCGGCGCGACAGCCCUGCUCCUCCUCACCGCUGGCCAUCCGACCCGAACCCAAGCCUUUAUCCCGAGAGAGGCGAGUCUAAAUUACAAGUACAACUGAAAUAU